CAUUGGACAGGCCACCAUUUGCCAUUUGUCCUUGGACAACACCAACACGGAGCCGAAACUCAGGGACCUAAGCUCUCAAAACCCCGACAGGGAGUUGCGAGGCAACCUAGAAGACAAUAUGGCCACCUUUAUGGGUCCAUAUUCCCAAUCAAUCGAGCCAGAUAUUCGACUUGAAGACUACCUCGACGACAAGUUACAGUCGACCACUGACCUGGAGAAUCUCGACACAUUGCUGGCCAGCGUGGAAUACCAACGAAGCCAACUACAGUCGCAACUCGACGAUGCAACGAAAGAACUUGAGGAAAGCCGAAAGUCUUCCGCUGACCGGCAGGCGGCACUGUCGAGCCAGAUCCAAGAGUUCCAGACCCUGCAAAAGAGCAUCGACGUGCGACUCCAGAUCUUGGCCGCCUCGGAUGCGCCCGACGAAGCGAUCCGCAGGCUCGAGCAGCCUAUGAAGCAGCUCCACAAGGUGGAUCUUGCGCACAAGUAUCUAUUACUACUACAGGAUGUGGAAGAGCUACGGAGUGCGGCCAGGUCGCAUCUGCCCCAGAGCCCGAAGGCUGCGCUGGAGCCGUACUCGAGGCUGAAGCAGCUGUCCAUGCGCUUGAAGGAGCUUCAGCCGGCGGCGGAUGAGGCCGCUGCGCAUUUGGUUACACAUGUUGCCAAUAUCAGCAGCAACCUCUGGGACGAGAUGAAACAGACCAUGUGGAACGAACUGGAGGCGGUCUUGACGAAGAGAGGCUGGCCUAAGAUCGACCCUCAGCUGGAAAUUGACGAUGAAUGGCGUGAAUGUUUCGAGAAGCUCUUGGAUCUACAAGUCCCCGAGCUCAUCUAUUCGAAAGACGUGGUCACCCUCCUGCCCAUCGACGUCAUGGCCCAGAUUUUCGUCAAAGAGUUCCGUUUCCACUUCAUGAGCGAUAAGACGACAAGCAGCCCGCAGGCCAUUGGAACCCACUGCUUCCCGUGGUUCCUAGCCCUUGUCGAGAGAUGGGAGGACUUCCUUCGAGACAACUUCACGUACAUCGUCGCGUCAAAACUCCAUAACUCGGCGGCCUCGGGAAAGAUGGUCUACAUGGACCCCGUUUGUGCUUUCAUCAGCUCUAUGUUGCCAGUGAUGAGAGAAAAGGUCAACUCAGCCAUGGUGGAGGCGGUCAACAGCCCCACUUUCCUGAGUAGCCUCAUCGCGCAACUCUUGUCCUUCGACGAGGCCCUCCGGUCUAGAUUCAACUAUGACGGUGGGGACGUCGAGAACGGCUGGGGUGGGCUCACGGCCGAGGUACUCGACAAGGAUUUCGCUAAGUGGCUUCGUGCGGAGAAAGACUUUGCAUUGGAACGGUUUCAGGGGAUCAUGGGUUCCCAGGACGCAAGAAACAUCGACUACGAGUUUGCUGGCGCAGGCAAGACCAAACCGACGUACGGGGCGGUGCGAGUUACGGACCUGUUGCGAUCAGUGACUAGCCAGUAUGAGAGAGUGAGGAGGUUCUCUCACAAACUGCGUUUCCUCAUUGACAUCCAGCUUGCCAUUCUGGAUGAAUAUCACAGUCGCCUCCGAGGCUCCUUGGAGGCCUACCAGAGCCUGACGUCCACUGUGGGGCGGACUCUUCAUGGGGUUACAAAGGAAGAACUGGCAGCAUUAGAAGGCACUGGUGCUCUAGAGACCUUGUGUAAGGUGUUUGGGAGCUCGGAUCAUAUUGUCAAUACGCUGAAGGAUUGGAGUAACGAAGAGUUCUUCGUCACACUCUGGGAGCAACUCCAAGCCCGGGCAAAGGCCUCCGAAGACCAGACCAACCUAGCCGGCGGGAUGAGUUAUGAUCAUGUUAAGGACCGUACUUCCUCAACCGUCGGAACUGAGGACGAUGGCGGCGUCCUGUUUGACGAGACCAUCGUCGCCUACACACAGCGGAGAGAAAGGGCAGCCGAUUUCCUAAUUGAGGCCCUUGUGGAAUCUCACCAUAAAGCUUUCCGAGCCUAUCUUCAACGGCCGCAAUGGACGACUAUCAAUGAGGAUAUCUCUGCUGCCGACCCUUACCAACUUGGCAUCACCGCAGAACUUGCCGAGCCUCUCAGGAUCCUCAAACGCAACCUCGAAUUCCUGUCGCGUGCUCUCGGGACCGCAGUAUUCCGCCGUAUCUGGAGAUCAGCGCUGGACAGGCUCAACAUGCUGCUCUGGAGCGAAGUCUUGAUGAGCCAAAGUUUUACGACUUACGGCGCAGCUCAGUUUGCGCGCGAUCUGCAUGCCAUGUUUUCAACGUUGGAGCGGUACAUCCCCGACGGCUCGGGCUCUCUACGCAGCCUAGAAGACGCCGUUAGGCUACUGAAUCUCCCCAUCGAGCCCCAGGAAGGUGUCACCUCGCUGAAGCAAGCCACCGACAGGGUCUUCACGGACAACACGCAGGCGAAGAAGCUCUUGGAGGAACUGGAACUUGAUUCGCUCACGCCUGCCAACGCGAGACAGAUCCUGUACCGCAGGGUGGAGAACAGCGAGUGACGCACAUUGUGAGCGUCGUAUGUACAGUACAUAAUAUUAUCUGGCUGGUCAUGGAUAUAUAGGUACAAGUCAAUCUGAUCCAGAUCUCAUGCUCUCCCA